UCUUGUUGUCCGCGCAUCAUCCAUCAUCUUUUUGUGUGAUGCCCUUGCAGUUUGCGUACCAAACUAUUCCUUUAAGAUGUGACGGAUCUAUUGACUGUACUGAUGAGUCUGAUGAGAAUGGUUGCCUUGAUGUUGAAUGCAGAUCCUGGCAGUUUAAAUGCAAAUCAACAGGAAUAUGCAUUCAUAGAGGUCUGCAAUGUAAUGGAGAAGUUGAUUGUCUGGAUUCGACAGAUGAAAAUAAUUGCGAAGCUGAACAAAACUUUAGUGAAACAACUGAGAGUCCAAUUGAUAAAGAACUGGAUCAAAAUGAUAUCUUUGGAUUUGAAAAUGAUAAAAAGUGCAAGAGAAACUGCCCAAGAAUGUACCUGCCCGUGUGUGGAUCAGACGAGGUGACCUACAGUAACAAAUGUCUGUUAGACCUUGCUUCCUGUUUAAACAAUGUUGAACUGACCGUCAACUAUUACGGCGAAUGUAUUGACAGGAUGGAUGACUGCCCACAGUGUUCUGAUUAUUAUGAACCAGUUUGUGGUUCAAAUAAUAUUAAUUAUAAUAAUACAUGCUUUCUCAGCCAUUACAACUGUAUUUCAAAGUCAAGCAUUUCUAUAAAAAAUACAGGUCUUUGUAAAGUUGAAAAAGUGGAAACUGAUGAAAUCUGUUCUUUAUUCUGCACAAGGGACUAUAACCCUGUCUGCGGAACGGAUGGAGUAACGUAUGAAAAUGCUUGCUCCUUGAACAGAGAAGCUUGCCUUACCGACCAGAACAUUACAGUACUGUACAACAAGGGGUGUCAAGAAGGUCAAGAAGAUCAAGACGGUCAAGAGGCGCCAAAGUGUACACUUGCGUGUACAAAGAUCUAUCUUCCUCUGUGUGGAUCUGAUGGGGUGACAUACAGUAAUGAAUGUAUCAUGCAGAAAUCUGCAUGUACAGAGGAUAGGAAGAUAGAUGUUGUACACUCUGGACCAUGUAUUGGAGAUGAGGAAACCAACUCUACGCGGUGCAACAGAGCGUGUCCAAAGGUACACGCAGAAUUGAUCAAUGCCAAUUCUUGGGAAUCUUUAUUAGAUAUAUUGGGGUUGAUUCAGGGUUUAACUGUAUGA